GCGUCCCGCUCCGCCCGUGCCUCGCUACCCGCGCCAAACCUAGGGCGUCCACAGCGCGCCGGUAGCCCGAGCAGUCAGCGCCACCCUCGGCUGUGCUGCGCACCCUGCCUCCUCCCUUUACGCCGUCGCCGCCGUCGGACACGCAGCCGCAGGCCGGGGCCGGGCAGCAGCUGGGGAGUCAGGGGCGCGCGCAGCCAGCCCUUCCCCCUCCGGCUCCCGCACCGCCCGCCGCCUCCCCUCGCCCUCCUCUUCUCCCCUCCCUGCUCCUUCGCCGCUUCCUCCUCCUCCUCUCCCGGCCCCAGCUGCCAGCACCAUGUCCGCAGGGGGAGAUUUUGGAAACCCGCUGCGAAAAUUCAAGUUGGUGUUCCUAGGGGAGCAGAGCGUUGGGAAGACGUCCCUGAUCACGAGGUUCAUGUACGACAGCUUUGACAAUACGUACCAGGCCACCAUCGGGAUUGACUUCUUGUCGAAAACCAUGUACUUGGAAGACCGUACGGUUCGACUGCAGCUCUGGGACACUGCUGGGCAAGAGAGGUUCCGCAGCCUAAUCCCCAGCUACAUCCGGGACUCCACGGUGGCUGUGGUGGUGUAUGACAUCACUAAUCUCAACUCCUUCCAACAGACUUCUAAGUGGAUUGAUGACGUCAGGACAGAGAGGGGCAGCGACGUGAUCAUUAUGCUUGUGGGCAACAAGACGGAUCUGGCUGACAAGAGGCAGAUAACCAUCGAGGAAGGUGAACAGCGGGCCAAAGAACUGAGUGUGAUGUUCAUCGAGACCAGCGCGAAGACAGGCUACAACGUGAAGCAGCUCUUCCGACGUGUGGCAUCGGCUCUGCCCGGCAUGGAGAAUGUCCAGGAGAAGAGCAAAGAAGGGAUGAUUGACAUCAAGCUGGACAAGCCCCAGGAGCCCCCGGCCAGCGAGGGCGGCUGCUCCUGCUAAUGCAGAGCCCACUGGGCUCCCUCAACACUACUCACUUGUUUUGCCUCCUGUCAGUUAGCUUCCUAACGGGGUGGGAAAUGAGUUUUAUCAAGACGGGAGGAUCUUUCUUUUCUCUCUCUCUCUCUCUAGGAGUAGGGUGGGAUAUGGGGAGGGAGGCUGGGCAUCAGGGACCACGUCACUCUUAACAGCUGUUACCUAAACAACUAUUUUUUGGUUUGGUUGUAAUAUAUUGUA